UAGAGGAGAUCCAAUAACCGAAGCCUACAAUAUGAAGCUCAAUGAAAUAUACAUUUUGAGUCAGAAGACCCGUUACCUACCUUCUUCUCUCCUAGAGCUUUGCACUUCUAGAGAGAGAACGUCGUGAAUGUACACACACACUCUCUCCUCUCACUCAUGAAUUUCUGCAUAAUCUUCUCCGCCUCAAUUGUUGUCCUUCUCUCUAUAGCCUUACUUCCUCUACUCAACACUAACUAUUUCUUGAAUUGGAGACACGGACAAUCAUCUUCGUCUUCUUCAGUAGUUGCAGAUUUGCUGGUGACCAAUGGAAUCAUCUACACGAGCGAUGACUCCUUCCCGUUUGCCGAAUCCAUGGUGGUUCGCAACGGUCGGAUUCUCCAAAUUGGCAAUUAUUCCUCUGUCCAGGGUUUGGCUGGAUUUGGGACUAAGGAGUUGAAUCUAGAGGGGAAAAUUGUGGUUCCUGGAUUUAUUGAUUCCCAUGUGCACUUGAUUUUUGCAGGACUGCAGAUGAUGCAGGUGGAAGUCCGAGGUGUGAAAAGAAAAGAUGAGUUUAUCCAAAGGAUCAAAGAAGCAGUGACAAAUAUAAAACAUGGAUCCUGGGUAUUGGGUGGUGGAUGGAACAAUGAUCUUUGGGGAGGAGAGUUGCCAAUGGCCUCUUGGAUUGAUGAUAUCACACCUCACAAUCCUGUAUGGAUAUCAAGGAUGGAUGGUCACAUGGGCUUGGCCAAUUCAUUGGCACUAAAAGCUGCAGGGAUUACUAAUUACACAGAAGAUCCAAACGGUGGGACAAUAAUGAGAGGCACUGACAGAGAACCCACCGGACUGCUGAUUGAUUCUGCAAUGAGGCUUGUCCUUGCCUGCAUCCCAGAAGUUUCAGUAGAUGAAAGGAGGGAAGCGUUGGUAAGAGCUAGCAAUUUUGCCUUGAUGAGGGGUGUAACAACAGUUGUUGAUUUUGGGAGAUAUUUUCCUGGUGCAUCAGCAGAGCAUCCAUGGGAGGAUUUUUCAGAUGUGUACAGAUGGGCUGAUUCAACAGGAGAAAUGAUAAUCAGGGCUUGCUUAUUUUUUCCAAUGGAGACAUGGUCACGUCUACUUGAUCUUAUACACAGGACAGGUCGUGAGCUGAGUGAACGGAUUUACCUAGGUGGUGUUAAGGCUUUUGCAGAUGGAUCCUUGGGAUCUAACAGUGCUCUCUUUCACGAGGCAUAUAAGGAUGAGCCUCACAAUUAUGGCUUACAAGUAACAGAUUUAGAAAGUCUAUUCAACAUGACAGUCUCAGCUGAUAAUUCUGGGCUUCAGGUUGCUAUUCAUGCUAUAGGUGAUAGAGCAAAUGACUUGAUCCUAGAUAUGUAUGAGUCGGUGAUUUCUACAAAUGGAAUGAGGGACCGAAGAUUCAGGGUUGAACAUGCUCAGCAUUUGGCACCUGGGACAGCAGGCCGAUUUGGUGAAAAAGGAAUUGUUGCUUCAGUGCAGCCAGAUCACCUGCUGGAUGAUGCGGAUUCUGCAAUAAGAAAACUUGGCAUGGAGAGGGCUCAAAAAGGGUCUUAUCUAUUUCAGUCACUCCUGGCUGGCAAUGCAAUAUUGGCAUUUGGUUCUGAUUGGCCAGUGAGAAUCUUUAAGCUCGCUCUUUCAUGCUCACAUAUAUACAUGUGUGUGUAUUUAUCAAAAUUCAGAUUUGUUCAGAUUUGUUCUUACAACAACUGCAAUAUACAAUAUUUUAUAUUGUUAUCAUUGUCUCAGGUUACAGAAAUUAAUCCUUUACGUAGCAUAAAGACAGCAAUAAAAAGAAUUCCUCCUGGUUGGGAAAAUGCUUGGGUUUCAUCUGAGUGCAUUGAACUGAAUGACGCACUAAAAGCGUACACUAUCUCAGCUGCUCGUGCUUGCUUCCUUGACAAGGAUGUCGGAUCUUUAUCUCCUGGUAAAUUAGCGGACUUUGUUGUGCUGUCUACAGAUUCAUGGGAUGAAUUUGCAUCAGAAGGAUCUGCAUCGAUUGAGGCAACGUAUGUUGGCGGUGUACAGGCCUAUCCCUGAAAAUUGCAUGAUUUCGGAAGGAAAGAUGGCAGAAGCUUCUGUACAGAAAAUAGACUCUACCAAGAGGCCAAAGGCUCGGUGAAUUAUAUAUAGAAGGAAAAAGUUAGAAAUGCUGAGCUGAAAUAGAAGUGCUUAUAUUAUCUACAAGCUAUCUUCGGGCAAUUGUUGUAAUAGACGUGGUUUUUUUUUUUUUUUUUUUUUUUUUUUUUUUUUUUUUUUUUGGUGUGAUUUAUGUAAUUGUUGAUUGCUUUAAAUAAUUGUUGCAUUAGCUAGAGGAUUGGGUACACCAAUGACUAAAAUAUUCUAAAAAAAAAAAAAAUCCCAUCUGGCUUUAAUUUCAAGCUUAAUGCCAUUCAGGAAUAUAAGGAGAGAUGAUGGUUGAUAUAUAUUUUGACACUCGAAUGUUUAUGUGUCCAAGCUUUGUAAUUUUAAAAUUAUCAAAAUCGAAUUUGAAGGAAUUCUAAUUUACAUUUUGCUAAGUUUGUUUUUGUUCUUAUA